UACAGACCACACACUGCCUUACAUGGGCAACUUUUCUGGGGCUGGAAUUUGCUCCUCUGACGUCACUGCCUGUUCCUCUCCCAGAUUUGGGAAAAAAAAAACUUGUUUCACUUUAAGUGGGAUCUGAAACCCAGAUUUCAUAGAAAGCGAGAUUCCAACCUGCGUCUAAUCCGGCCUAGUCCAGAAGACACACCGCUGGAUUGUUGUGGAAGAACAGAGCCGUUGAAUUAAUUUACCUUUAGAGUUGCUGGUGACUCAUCGCUGUCCAUCUAAGAAAAGUCCUAACCAUGUGGAGUGGCCAGAACAACGGGAGUCAGCACAGUCAUGUGACUGCCAGAAUGGAGACCAGUUUGCCAAUGGGAACCCCCAGCAUCUCAGUAUCGCAGCACCAGUCGCCUAAAAAGUUCGCCCCUGUCGUGGCACCCAAACCCAAGUUUAACCCAUACAAGGCUCCAGGGGAUCCCAUACAUGACAUUUCAGGUGACUACCCUCCACCACCUCCCCCCGUAGUGGACACCAGCGGUUUGCCGUCUUCUUCAUCCUUCCCCCCUCCUCCACAGAUGGAUGAGAGCUCUUUCGGAUUUCAGAUCAAGGGUCCAGAGAAGACCCUAGAGGAGAGACGCUCCAGCCUGGACGCUGAGAUCGACUCUUUAACCAGUAUUCUGGCCGAUCUGGAGAGUAGCUCGCCGUAUAAGAGUCGAACGCCACAGAAUUCUGCCACCCUACCAGCGACGAGCCCCACCGCUCCUGUUACAGGCUAUAAGCGCAUGGUGAUCCCCACUCAGCCACCUCUGACUGCCACCAAAAAGUCGACUCCCAAACCUCAGGCGCCUCCAUCUGCUGCUCCUCCGUCUCCUUCCUCUCGGCCCCAGCAGCCAGUUCCUGCCUCCUACAGCACGGCCUCCACCCCCAGCCAGCCCACGUUCAGCGUGCAGGCACGAGCAGCUCAGCCUGGCCCUCAACAGCAGCAGCAGCAGCAUCAGCAGCCUGGCCGAGCCACAUACGCUCAGGGGCAAUACAUUCCAGCCCAGCCUAGAGGUCCUGACUUUGCCUACGGGCCUCCACAACCCACCUUCUCACCAUCUGGAGGAUACCAUGAGCAACAAUAUGGUGGUGCUCCAGUCCCUGGAGGCCAGACCACUUGGAGAGCUGAGCCAAGCCACCAUGCUGUACUACCACACAAUCAGAGCUAUCAGCCUCCUACCCCAAAGAAGACCUACAUUACUGACCCUCCUGCCAGCAUGGGACCUUAUGGAGCAGGAGCCAUGGGAGUUCAGAAGGCUCCAGGUCCGUCCAGUGCUCACCCAGAGGAAGAGUUGGACAGACUGACCAAGAAGAUGCUAUUCGACAUGAACCACCCACCGUCAGAGGAAUACUUCGGCCGCUGUGCGAGCUGUGGGGAGAACGUGGUUGGUGAGGGCACUGGCUGCACUGCCAUGGAUCAGGUGUUUCAUGUGGACUGCUUCAUUUGCAUGACCUGCAACUGCAAGCUGAGAGGCAAACCCUUCUACGCCGUGGAUAAGAAGGCCUACUGUGAGCCGUGUUACGUCAACACCUUGGAGACCUGUAACAUCUGCAGUAAGCCCAUCAUGGAGCGGAUUCUGCGGGCGACGGGCAAAGCUUACCACCCGCACUGCUUCACCUGCGUGGUGUGUCACCGGAGCCUGGAUGGCAUCCCUUUCACUGUGGAUGCCUCUAACCACAUCCACUGCAUCGAAGACUUCCACAAGAAGUUUGCUCCUCGUUGCUCUGUGUGUAAAGAGGCCAUAAUGCCUGCUCCUGGCCAGGAGGAAACAGUGCGCAUUGUGGCCCUGGACCGGGAUUUCCAUGUGCAGUGUUACCGCUGCGAGGACUGUGGCUGUCUGCUCUCUGAGGGUGAUAAUCAGGGCUGUUACCCCCUGGACGGUCACGUUCUCUGCAAGAACUGCAACACCAGCCGCAUCCAGGCCCUCACCGCCAAGGCCACCACCGACCUCUGAUCAUGUUCUUACACACACACACCAACGUGCACACACUCAUUUACUCCACACUCAUAUGAUACAAUACUGAUGCAUUAGGAAUAUCCUCACGCUUAUACACACAUAGACAAAUAUGCAGUUCAUAAUGAUCACAAUGUGCACGAAGAAAAAAGGAAGCAUUUUAUCUUUACAUCUUAUCUAACAUAUACUAAAAUAAAUAUACUAAUAAAAAAUACUAAUUGAUUUAAAUGUUAAAGGUACCAUGAGUGAUCCAAAGGAAUACAUAAUACUAGUUUUGAUGAUAAAUUGUACGUGAUGAUUAAUACAGUGAUCUCUCUGUUAGGAAACUCUCCUGCUUUAUGGUUCUUUGGUUCGUAUCCUGCUCAUGGCCAGUGGUCAGAAAGAGAAAUGUGACUGGGACGAGUGUCUAGUAGGUAAAUAAUAUUAAAUAAGUUAGGUUAAAGAAAUAUUAUAGUCUAAAAACCCAGCUCGGUCAGUCAGACGAUGAGCUUUAACGUUAUCGCAUCCUGAAUAACGUCUAUGUUCUUCAUCUUCCGGCAUUAAAACGGCACCACAAUCCUCUUAUUCAUUAGGAGAUUCUAAUAAUCAGUGGCCUUGCUGUCGUCAUUUAUAUUAUAUUCAUCUUGUACCUACAGUAUGUAUACAUUUGACACACAAAAGCAUGAUACAAACGGUGAUGGGGCCAAACAUAUAUAUGUAUGUAUGCACACACACAUACUGUAAACACAAACACACACAAAUCUAAGGUAGAAAAAAAAUGCUCUUAUAUCUUCCUAUGGCCUUAUAACUAUAUUAAAGGGCUUUUCAGGGGUAAGGUGAAUAAUAAUAAUAAUAAUAAUAAUAAUAUGCAAAUGUGUACAAGAUAUUAAAGCUCUAGUAGUAUUCCAGGAGGGGAAUUUGAAUUGUAGCAGAUGUUACACAGGUGUCAGCGCGCAAUGAGACGAAUACAACAACAGGAUUUGACAUUAUUUCUCGAAAUUCUGUAAGACGUUUACAUUCUUUGACGACGUGUGUAUGUAUUUACAUACUUAUGCAGUUCAUAGAGAAGUUUAUUAUAAGGAAUAGGACUGUGAACCCAAACCUAUAUAACCAAAGUCUGAGAGAUGCUGCAGUGCAUCGCUGCUUCCUCCUAUUCAGCAGACUGCUUUCCACUUAGCACAAUUAUUAAACGUAUUUAUAUGCAUAUUAUGAAAGAAGGCAUUUAAUGCUAUGUAGCUUUAGUUCAUUUUGUAUGGUGGCACUGAAGAACAAACACACAUGCACACACACAAAAACAAACGUUUUUUAGCACUAAAGCUGAACAAAAGAAAAAACACACACAAGAAAUACACAUACUGAACAAAAACAAACCGAAUGCGCUCCUUAAGUGCAAAAAAAAAAAAAAAAAAAGGGAAAGACGAGAAAAAACGAAAUUUCCAGUCCAAAGGUGUUAAAUUGCACGUCAGGUUUUAUUAUGUUUUUCUGUUUUGCACGUUAGGAACGCACCGGAUUGUUUUUCUUUUGUACAUUCACGUUUUUUGCUCUUCAGUGCUGAACGCUUUCGUUUUUUCUUUGUGCAUGUGUUUGUGUUUUGCGUUUCAUUGCCACCAUAAUUUUGGUAUCUUUAUUAAAAAAAAUUAAACAUAAAUCUAGGGCAGUGUAAAGUGCCUUUUUUUUGUUAAUACCAGUAGAUAUAAUUAGAAACACUGAAAUGAAAUCGGUUAUGGUGUGACAAUCAAACACAGGUUAAAAAGGUGUUAAAAUAAAUAAAUCUUUAAUUAUUAUACCCAGCAUAGAUUAAAAAUUAAUAAAUAAAAAAUAGAAUGACUUUUUGUAUGCUCUUUUAAACAGGACUAUGAGCAUUAUUUAGAUUAUUGUUAACUUGUGAAACGUAUAAUUAGACCUAAAUAGUAAAGAAGAAAAAAACUUCUAGUGAUAGGAUUUACUUGCUUCUUAGCUUUGUACAAGAAUAAUAACAAUAUGCAAUUUCCUUUUUAUUAUUGCAUUGACACUUUAAAUAAAAUAAUAUGCAGACCAUAACUUUUUUUGUUUUGUUUUUUGUUUUGUUUUUACUCUUCAGGAAAUAUUUGAAUUAAGCAAUAAGUUUUCCACUCUGCACCUCUCUGUGCUUUUUCUGUUCAGUUUCAUCAUCCGACUCUUAAGGUGUUAAGACGCAGAGAGGGUUUUUUGUGUUUUUUUUACUUAGUCACACGUGUUCUCUGGUUUUUCUUCUUGCGCUCUUUCGCUAAAAUUUAGUACUGCUUACAGGCUUUUACUGUUUCUUUUUUCUUAUUAUUUUGCUUUACUAGUGAGGAACAAAAAACAAGGGAUUUUAAGGAUGUAAAAUAUUAAGCAUGGAAUUAAACAUAAGGGGUAAAAUAUACAGUACCAUGUUGCUCAGGGUGGCCUUAGAUAGGUUUGUCAGGUAUUACUAGAAUGGACCAUAAAUUUACAAGGGCUUAAAAGUCUUGGAUUUUCUUACACUUUGUAUUUCGUCAGGAGUCUUACUGGUGUGAUUGGAGAGAUGUAACAGGAAAGGAUUUUUAUGAAUUAUUAUGAAUUUUGCAAAAAGUGAAUCAAUUAGAAAUCCGUAUCCAUGAUUUGUGUUAAUGUUUUUAAUUUGUAUUUGCAAGUACUCAUUCCUACACUGUCUCUGUAUUAUUUCCUCUAGCUUUAAUAAACAUUUUUUUUGCAUAAGA